UUCCCUCCCCCUCUAUGUUCGUUAGCUCUCACUCGCUCAGACAAGGCAGUGAACGACAUGUCCCAGAACUCCUUGGACGAAUGCUGGGGGACCGACAGUAAUUCUGCUAUGCGUUCGUAUAACGCAUUGUGUAGAGUUUACUUUUAUUCGGAUUGAUCCUAUGGCCAAGCCUCCGUAAACCGUUCAUUUUAUUUACACACCUUCGAAGUUCAUUGUGCUUUUCGACGUAGGUGAAGCCGCACUUCAGAAAUGAGGCGUCAAUCGCGUAUAGAAUUUAGACGAGCUUUGUCAAGUACAGUUGGGAUUAGGUUUGUUGAAUGUAGCUAGAGGCGCUUUUAUUUUAAGAUUAUUUAAAUUAAUGCUUCGCAUUUGUAUGAUAGUGUAAUGUAUGGCAGGGAUGAUAAGAUAACGUGUACCUUUUGUAUUGCGUACGACUGUAGCGUGCAUUUGACCUGUAGUGUAAUGUAAUUCCCAUGUAAACGGUGCUGAUGUAUCCUGGAGAGGGAGCCUGAACAUUAAUAAUGGACGAGCGGAAAGUUUGAGAAAAACGCAAUGUAGUGCACCCUAAUUGUUCAUUUACAUAAUUUAAGGAUGAGAUGUUAAGUAAGAAUGUUUUUUUAUUUAUAACAAGCAUUGAGCAUGCUGAUAAACUAGUAGAUGGCACUACAGUGUUAAAUACGACAGUACGUAUCAUUCGAUCAAAAGCCGAUUUAUCUGCAAAAGAAACAUAGCUAAUUUUCAAAAACGACAACAUUAAAAAAAGACCCUAAACCUUCUGUAUUUAAAUUCUAAGUUUACUAAGCAUCAAUUACUAGCAUUAAAGGUAUUUUCUGUUAAUUUAUUAUCCAAAAUGCCCAUGCAAAGUAGAGUCUACGAAACGCAAUCUAACCACAAACAAAAUUCCCAAGUCGUAAGGAAGAGAACAUGUUGCACUAAAACGCAGGAAGGGAAUAAGGGAUGGACUAUGAACCCUAAUGCAAAGGAUGCGAAUACUAAUCUCCAAACCCACUCGCUGCCUAAGGGCGAGAAAACACUCCUGAACGGGCCACAUGGAGGACGCUGCGAGCCUUCAACGUUAAGAACAAGUGACGCUAACUCCGAAAAACUACGCGUUGUGCUCUCGCUUGUGCUUGUGACGCUGUUGUCCCUGUUCACAAGGUUUUACAAGAUUUUGGAACCGCCUCACAUUUGCUGGGAUGAAACCCACUUUGGGAAAAUGGGCAGCUACUACAUCAACAGGACAUUCUUCUUUGACGUGCACCCACCUUUAGGAAAGAUGCUGAUUGGGUUAGCUGGGUACCUGACUGGUUAUGAUGGCAGUUUUCCUUUCAUCAAACCCGGAGACAAAUACGAACACCACACCUACUGGGGGAUGAGAGGGACUACAUGCGUAGUUUUUGAAUUGGGGAGCCAUUCAUUGCUGAGCUUGAGGUGUAUUACAAGUCUGCCUCCUGUCUCCUGUGCUUGUCUGGAUGUCUGGCUUCAGUUCUGUGCGCUCCUGGGCUCAUGUCUGCCGCCUUGUGCCUUCCUCACUGUGCUUGAGCUGUCUGGUUCCCUCCCGGCGGCUCUCCUCGCUGCCUUCAUCCUCGUCUUUGACACUGGCUGUAUUACAAUUUCACAAUACAUUCUGCUUGACCCUAUCUUAAUGUUUUUUAUAAUGGGAGCUGUACUGAGUAUGGUCAAGUUCAAUUCACAAAGAGAGGGGCCCUUUGGUGCCCGCUGGUGGUUUUGGCUGAUGUUGACAGGUGUCAGUCUUGGAGGAGCUCUGGGGGUGAAGUUUGUGGGACUCUUUGUCAUUUUGCUGGUGGGAUUGAACACUGUGCGGGAUCUCUGGAGGCUGCUUGGAGACUUAACCCUGUCACUAGCUGUGUUAGGGAAGCACUUUCUGGCCCGUGUGCUAUGCCUGAUCUUGCUGCCUGUUUCCUUGUACAUACUUAUUUUUGCAAUACACUUUGUAAUUUUAAACAAAAGUGGUCCAGGAGAUGGAUUUUUCAGCUCAGCCUUCCAGUCUCGACUGGUUGGGAACAACCUGCACAAUGCCUCCAUGCCAGAGUACCUGGCCUAUGGAUCGACCAUCACAGUGAAGAAUGUGCGGAUUGCUGGAGGGUACCUCCACUCCCACUGGCACCUGUAUCCUGAAGGAGUGGGAGCACAGCAACAACAGAUCACUGCCUAUUUGCACAAGGAUUUCAAUAACCUGUGGCUGGUCAGAAGGCAGGACAGCAGAGAGGAAGAUCCAUCUCAGCCUGUGCAGCUUGUUAAGCACAAGGAUAUCAUCAGACUGGAACAUAAAGAAACCACUCGUAACCUGCACAGCCACCUGCAUGAAGCCCCCCUGACAAAGAAACACCUUCAGGUCACUGGCUAUGGAAUUAAUGGUACUGGUGACCCCAACGAUUUCUGGCAGAUCGAGGUGUGUGGCGGGAAGCCUGGAGACCUGGUCAAAGUGCUGAGGAGUAAAGUGCGUUUCAUUCACCUCUCUACCGGCUGUGUGCUGUACUCUUCCGGAAAGACCCUCCCUAAAUGGGGUUGGGAACAAGUUGAAGUCACUUGCAGUCCUUAUCUCAAGGAAUCGCCCAACUCACAGUGGAACAUUGAAGAUCAUGUGAAUGCAAAAUUGCCUAAUAUAAGCCUGUCAGUGCUCAAGCCCUCUUUCUUGGAGAUACUGCUGGAGUCUCACAUUGUCAUGAUCCGGGGUAACAGUGGCCUGAAACCUAAAGAUAAUGAAGCAAAUUCUAAACCUUGGCACUGGCCUAUCAACUAUCAGGGUCUACGGUUUUCUGGCGUGAAUGAGACAGAAUACCGCGUCUAUCUGCUUGGUAACCCUGUCAUUUGGUGGCUGAACUUGUUUAGCAUCGCCCUGUAUGUUGUCAUGGUUACCAUCGCAGGCAUUUCAAUCCAACGAGGAGUGCGUCUUGGGGAGAGGGCUCAAGAGUGCUGCAGAGUGCUGGUAGAAGGCGGGGGACAGAUGCUCCUAGGCUGGAUGCUUCACUACCUCCCUUUCUUCACUAUGAGCCGGAUCCUGUACUACCAUCACUACUUCCCUGCCAUGCUGUUCAACAGUAUGCUUACAGGGAUAACCUGGGACACUCUGCUGCAGAUCUGGGACUUUCUUCCCCGCCCUGCGGUGGCCCGGGGGCUGUACCAAGGAGGACUGGCAGUGCUCAUCCUCACCUUCCUCUACAGUUUCUACCUUUUCCACCCCUUGUCUUACGGGAUGAGAGGCCCUCUAGCCCACGAGCCCAGCAGCCCCAUGGCAAGCCUCAAGUGGAUGGAAUCAUGGGAGUUUUGAGGGGAAAAAAAAACAACGCCACCGUUGUCUUGUGUACGAGAACACCAAAAAAAAAAAUCCUUUCACCGCAGUGCGGUUGGUUUGGUCUUGAAAAGUGCGGUUUGAGCACUGAUCCGAUACGACAUAUUCGAACGGACCAUAAAAGGGCUGGAUGAUAGAAGGAAGUGAGCAGAAUGAAAAUGUCCCUCUGCCCCCCCUUUCCAACCAGAAGCACCAUUGUUGACAGAACUGUGAUGUAAACCAGCCCUAUGAUCAUGCAUGAAUUCAGUUUUAACAGGCUGCUCUGGCCAAUGGGCUCUCAAGGGCUAGACAGUAGGUACAUUUAAAUCAGAGGGAGAUUGUGCUGCUAAAAAUAUGAAUGAUAUAAUAAGAUAAGAUUUAUGAUCAUCGUAUUGGCAUAUCUGUGAACCUGAAGAGAGAAAACUCCAGUUCCUUGCUUUACAGUGGGAAUACAUGAAAUGGUCAAUUUCUAAUGGGAAAAACCCAGUAAUGGCAGUUCUAUGGCAUUACCAUCCCAUAAGCUUCUUUUAUACAGAAGACUGUCGUCAUCCUCAGUUUCAAUGCAGCAAGCAACGUUUUAGCAAAAUGUUUUGUUAGCAAAAUGGCAACAAUGACUACUUGGCAGCAUUGUGGUUAGGGUACACUUACACAGUAUAUUUUAAUUGAUUAGUGAGAUGAGUAAGCUUCACACUGAGUUAGAAGGAGGUCAGGUUAAGACAAGUGCACAGGUGACCAAGAUCCUUCAUGUCUCAUGUCAUAUUAAGUUGCCUUUCCCUACAUACUGUAGCUAGUUUAGAUUGUACUAACUAUAAAGUGCCUUGGGUUAGAAAUCAAAACCACUUGCCUAAAACGGACUUUGUUUUUUCCAUUUUGUAUAUAGGUCACAUCUGUUGAAAUUUUAGUUGGAUCUACAAAAAGUGUCAUGAGUAGUUCUUCUAGAAGGGAAAUAGCAGUUUCCAGUAAUAAUUUCACUACGUUGUGUCAUGAUGACAACUUGUAAGACUGACAUUAGUUUUUAUUUCUUUAUUUCUUUCUAGUAUUCUAUAUGAGCCUUUUUUAAAGUUGCACUAUUUGCUAGAACACUAUUUUGGUCAAUUGUAGAAAUGUUGACAAUUUUGUGAUUUGCAUUUUACUUUAUAUUACUGUGAGCUGACUAAAAUGUUUAUUACACUAUUUUAAAUACUAAAAGAAUAUAAGAUCUUAAAUACCCAUUUAAAAUGGAUGUGAUGUACUAAUGUGAUAUUUUUUUAGAAAAAUACCUCCUGAAAUUGACUGCGACAACUGGUGUAUUAUAAAGUUGGAAUUUAUGAAGUGUUUGAUUUAUUGCAUUUUUUGGGGAAUGUUUACUGCUGUAAGUAGAGGCAGAGCUGUUGCAUAGAAGCAGUUAUGUGUUAGGUUAGUCAUGUUUUUUAUUUUUGGUUGUGUAGGUUAACCACAUAAGUAUGUUCACAGUAUGUUUAAACAUUGUUUAUUAAUUGUAAUAACUGUUAAAUUGUUCUGUCCUGGCAUGUCAUCCAGAUUUAAGUUCCUUUUUGUUCUUCUGUAGGUAUGUUUUAAACACAUUGAAUAGCAAGUUAAUAAUGGCCAAUGCUAUGCUCAGUCAUUUUUGCUCCUUGCUGGUCUUGUUUUUGUUGGAUAGCUAAACUAUACCAGUACAUUUAUGUGAAUGAGAAUGCUCCUUUCUCUGGCCCACUAUGGGGCGUUUGGUAAAAGAACUCUUUGUUAAUAUAAUGAAAGAGCUGCAGAAAAUGAAACCUCCAUUUUGAGAAAUCAGUUUGUAGCUGUUGUGGACUGCCCUGUAUUGAAGAUAUUGCAGAAUACACACAGGUUUUGUUGGCAAACCAAUUGCUUUCUUGUGUAGUUAUGCACACAGUGCUUAGGUGCUUCAACAUGCGGUGACCUGGCAGUAGAAUAAUAGGAGUUGUCAUUGCCUUCAUCGCUGUUUCCAGUUAAAUAAAACAAGAGGGAAUUGUGUGUUAUUUUCAAAACCCAAGAAUGAUAAGGGAUUAUGCAAGUGAAACUUGCAGAGUUAAAAAAGAAAUAGGACAUUCCAUUAAGCUUGUAACUGGUGUGACAGGUGUGGUACAGUCAAUUUCUAGGUGGAUAAUAUUUUUGUCUUUAAUUCUUAAUUGUGAAGGGGUUGCUAACGUGUUACAUUUUUACAUUCUCUGUUCAUCUUAUUGCUUGCUACAAGAGAUUAAAUUGUGUGCUACUAUUGUGAAAGCACUAAAACAGUGAAAGUGAGUAUUGUGCACUCGAACACUUUUACUCAAGAAAAUAUUUUUAAGUUCUAAAACUAAAGUGUGAUCUUAUGAAGUUACAUAAUGCUUCCUCCUUUGACUCUUAAUUUUGAAAAAUAUUUAAAGAAACAGACAAGGUUCCAGAAAUCCACAUAUGCAAUAAUUAUAAUUCCCUGGCAGGGUAGAUAUUUUUUGUGCUGAAGCUCAGCUGCAGACAAACCCCUAUUGUAGUGAACAGCAGGGUAUGUCAGGGCCGUCUGUAAGUGAACAAUGAAGACGGAUUUCCCUGAAGACUUGCAUUAUAUGUUUUGGCCACAUUAAGUUAAUAACAGCUGACUACAAACCUCAAGAAUGUAUUUUUGUAGGUACUUGAACAAAUUGUACUAUGAACGUCUGAAUAAAUAAACCGAAUAGUAUCAAAGUGA